AUGCCUUCAAGAAAUAUUGGCAAUGGGAAUGCACUUGGCCUUGAAUUAAGCCUGGCGGGCCGCGACCUGAGUGACGUACCUGCGCAUGUGUGGCGAAUAAAUUUGGAUAUUCCAGAGGAAGCCCAUCAAAAUCUGUCGUUUAGUGCUGCUGAUCGCUGGUGGGAGCAAACAGAUUUGACCAAACUCAUCUUAGCCUCAAACAAACUGCAGUGUCUUUCUGAGGAUGUCAAACUUUUGCCUGCUCUCACUGUACUGGAUAUACAUGAUAAUCAGCUGACAUCUAUUCCUUCUGCUAUAGGAUUUUUGGAAAAUCUUCAGAAGCUGAAUGUCAGUCAUAACAAACUGAAAAAUAUUCCAGAAGAGCUGACACAGUUGAGACAACUGAAGACCCUGCUUCUUCAACACAAUGAGUUGAGUCACUUACCAGAUGGGUUUGGACAGCUUAUCAGUUUAGAAGAGUUAGACAUUUCCAACAACCAACUUGCAAGCAUUCCAUCCAGUUUUGCUUCCUUGACCAGUUUGCUGCAACUCAAUUUGGCCCAUAACCAACUGAGGAUCCUUCCUGCAGAAAUCAGCACAUUGAAAAGCUUAAAACAACUUGAUUGUACUAAAAACCACUUGGAAACCAUACCUUCUGAACUGGCCAAUAUGGCAUCUUUAGAACAGCUUUAUCUACGAAAAAAUAAAUUGCAGAACUUACCAGAAUUUCCAUCAUGCAAGUUACUGAAGGAGUUACUUGUUGGUGAAAAUCAGAUUGAAGUAUUAAAUGCAGAGCACCUUAAGCAUCUGAAUUCUCUCUGCGUAUUAGAGCUUAGAGAUAACAAGCUAAAAUCGCUGCCUGAUGAAAUUACUCUGCUGCAGGGAUUGGAGCGACUUGACUUAACCAACAAUGAUAUCAGUAGCUUGCCUUAUACUCUGGGGAACCUUCCUCAGUUGAAACUCUUGGCAGUGGAGGGAAAUCCUUUGAGAGCUAUUAGAAGAGACAUUUUACAGAAAGGCACCCAAGAACUCCUGAAGUAUCUGAGAAGCAAAAUCCAAGAUGACGUAAUUAGCCCAAAUGGGGAAUCUUCUGUGACAGCCAUGACUCUUCCAAGCGAGUCAAGGAUUAAUAUACAUGCCAUAACUGCAUUAAAAGUAUUACAAUAUAGUGAGAAGCAAGCAGCUGUGAUUCCUGAUGAAAUAUUUAAUGCAGUUGGAAGCAAUUCUGUCUCUACUGUAAACUUUAGCAAGAAUCAGCUCACUGAAAUUCCAAAAAGGAUCGUGGAGCUGAAAGAAUCAGCCUGUGAUGUCAAUCUUGGCUUCAAUAAACUCUCUUCGAUUUCCUUGGAGCUCUGUGUACUUCAUAAAUUGACACAUUUGGAUAUCAGAAAUAACUUUUUGACAUCUUUACCUGAGGAAAUGGAAGCACUGACAAGACUGCAAAUAAUAAAUCUUUGCUUUAAUAGGUUUAAAAUAUUUCCAAACAUUCUUUAUCGCAUCCCAACACUUGAAACUAUCCUGCUCAGUAACAAUUUGGUUGGAUCCAUAGACCCUCUGCAAAUAAGGAAAAUGGACAGACUUGGCACCUUAGAUCUUCAGAAUAAUGACCUUCUUCAAGUGCCACCAGAACUUGGAAACUGUAUAACUCUUAGGACACUUCUGCUAGAAGGAAAUCCAUUCCGCACUCCUCGAGCAGCCAUUUUGGCAAAAGGAACAGCCGCUGUUCUAGAAUACCUAAGAAGUCGAAUUCCCACUUGAUAAGAAUAUGCUUAUUCUUUUGUUAGGCUUAUGGAUCAAAGUACAAGCAAGAAUUUUUGCCAUCAGAAAGCCAAAGGCUGUACACCAUUCAAACUGAGUUCCUGCCAGUUUGUGAACUGUUGAUUAAGCUGGCUGUGAACUUUUAUAAUGCUGCAUUUACUUGGCAUGUUUGAAAAAGCAAAUGCCCAUCCAUGGAAUCUCAGAUAUUCUUCCAGAGUUGCACAGAUCAACAUUUCAAUUGAAAGUGCUAUUGUUGUUUGUAAUGCAGUGAUUUCAUUAGAUACUACCACUAAGAAUGAGAAUUUUUGUCUACAAUUCAAUGUUUUUAAAAACCUGAAUUAAUUUUAAGGAAUAAAAAUUGCAUAAAAUUUAAAAAGUAAACCUUCUGAUUUUCUUAGGUUUAUAUUGUACAUAGCUGUUGAACCACAAAUGCUUUACAGCAGGUGACCUUUAAUCAAAUAGGUAAGUGUUUCACACUGUUUACCAUUAUCAUUAUAGCGUUGCUAUGUAAUUCAAAGUUUCAGGCAUUCAACAGUAGGCAAAGAUACAGUAUGAACUGUACUACAAAAGGUAUGAAGAAUGUAUUUACAAUAAAAAAUGAUUGAAUUAUA